AUGGCUCCGUUCCAUGUGGCUCGCGGCCUCGAUCAUCUCACGCGUGCGCUCUUCGACGCCGACUCUACAGAACAAAUCAUUCCGCGCUUUUCUCCGAGUCAUGGACUUCUGCGCCGCAGCCUGACAGUGAAUCACACACAGGCAGUGACACUCGGCGUAAUUGUGGCCUACAUAGUCGCUAUUGCGCUUCUUUGGAAUUUGCCAUAUGUUCGCUGGUCAUUGUGGCCUUUCAAAAUGCUGGUCAUUGCGUUUCACGAAUUCGGACACGCCAUAACGGCCUGCUGCACAGGCGGCCGUGUCAAGUGCAUCUCUCUGGAUCCCCGCGAGGGAGGCGUCACCUACAUGCAGGGCGGAAUCGGCGCCCUCACGCUCCCCGCGGGUUAUCUCGGGUCGUCCCUGAUCGGCGCGCUGCUGAUCUUCUGCGGCUUCGACAUCGUCGCGAGCAAGCUGGCCAGCAUUGUCUUGGGGGUGUGCUUUCUGUUGACCCUCUGGUGGGCUCGGAGGGACUGGCUGACGAUUAUCACGGUCCUCUUCGCCGUCGGAUUGCUGGUGGCGUGCUGGUUUAUUGCUCACGCCGAGGCGCUGAGAUUUGUAGUGCUGUUCAUAGGCGUCAUGUCUGCCCUUUACAGCGUCUGGGAUAUCUGCGACGACCUGAUCCUUCGGAAAGUGAAUUCCUCCGACUCCAGCGUCUUCGCCCAGCGGUAUGGAGGCUCUUCGCGAUGUUGGGGCGUGAUUUGGUCUCUCGUGUCGGUUGCGUUCAUGGCCGUGGCCAUCGUUGCGGGAAUCGCCGCGUUUCCCGAGUCAUUUAGUGAGCAAGAGAAGGACUCGGAGCACUUUAUUCCAACUCGCUGA